GCGACAUCAUGGUGGACUCGCACGGAGUUAGUCGCCGUGAGAGGACCCUUGGUGCCCUCCUUGGGGUGCACGCUGGCGACUCCCUGGGUGCCACAGUCGAAUUCCAGAGCUGGGAGGAUAUCAAGAACGAUUACCCACGUGGUGUGCGGGAUAUCGUCGGCGGCGGAGUCUUGGACUGGCCGCCGGGACAUGCAACGGACGACACGGACCUGACCCGAGCCGUGCUCCUCGCCUACCGCGAUGCCGAGGAGCUGAAGCGAUCCCAGCCGACCGAGUCACCGGACGUGGUGAAGCUCGCUGCGCAGUAUAUGGUCGAGUGGUACGAUGGACGGUGGCCUGGACGCACCCCGGGCCAGAUACCCCGCGACAUCGGCGGCGCCACGGCUACGGCCAUGGCUAAUUUCAAGCGCACGAACGACCCGCGGGCAUCGGGGGCGGGCGAGGGCCGGGCGGGGAACGGGUCACUGAUGCGAUGCAUCCCGACCGCCCUGUUCCAGCCCGACACGGCUAAGGCGUUGUUGACAGAAUCGUUGGAGAUCUCGGCCAUCAAUCACGCACGACGACUACCACUGCACCAUCGCCUGUGCCGCAUACAACGCCAUGGUGCGGGUCCUGGUCGACGGGGGGUCGGCCGACGAA